AUGGGAUCCGUCGUGCUCAGCGAGGUUGGAGGACUCCACUUCCACAAUACCAUGUUUGGUGCCAACGCGCAUCACCAGCCGCAGGAAUCCCCCGCAGUCUCAAUCCACCAUCCGAAAGCACCGUUGCGUCCGUCGCCGCAAGCCACUGCAAACCCGCCGGCGGGGGUGACCGCAGACACCCCCAUGGCAGAGCCCAUAGGAGGCAUAUCUGGCCCAGAGACUCCCGCUUCUCACUCACAGCAGCAUCGAGGUCCCGGAGACGUAGCACCACAGAGUGCCAGCACUCAGCAGUCACAGCAGCCGCCGCCCAGCCCGCGUUUCAGGCCUCACUCGCAGCAACAAACACCUACCUUUACUCAGAACGCGAAUACGUUCGCCAAUCCUCGGCCGGUACCUUCUACAACGCCCUCCUCCACCCAGCACUCCCCAGUGAAUCCUCUCCGAUCACCCAGUGAAUCCAUCUCCGCUUCUCCGCGGCGGAUAAAAGUGAAAAGCCUGUCACACAUCCAAAGCUUCGCAACCGACGAAUCGAGCCCCUUUUCACAGACAAGGUCGUUAUCACGGCGACAGCGGCGAGACCCGAAUGAUGUUGGUCCGCAGUAUGAAAUCAGUGAAAUGCCGGUUACAGAUAUCAUUGAGAUGGUAGCCGGUUUAUUAACAAAGAUAACAACGACAAACGACAGGCAACAUGAACAUUUGCAUCGACAGAUCCCGCCUCCUGAAGGGACGACUGGCCUCAGCCCGCAGACCACGAGCGUGUUAGCUUUCCAUGGGAAGAAUGUGCCAAGCAUCUCGAUCUUGAGCUAUCUAAGUCGGAUACAUAAAUAUUGUCCGACGACUUACGAAGUCUUCUUAAGCCUCUUAGUGUACUUUGACAGGAUGACAGAAAGAUCCUUGGAGCGUGUACAGGCCGGUGAUGGUAGCCGACACAGCUCCAUAUCUUCCGCCCACUUGACAGGGCACUCUUCUCCACAUGCCAGCUCACAAUUAGCCCAAGCAGCCACGCCUCCACCAUCAGGAUCUCUGGGAAAACCUGCCGAACCCGGGCCUCAAGAAGCUCAUCCACCAUCUCCUCCCCACCACAUCGAGCCCGCACUGGAGUCUGACCCUUACAAUCUAUCACACUUCUUUGUGGUUGACAGCUUCAAUAUUCAUCGGUUGGUAAUUGCUGGCGUGACGUGCGCUAGCAAAUUCUUCUCAGACGUCUUCUACACAAAUUCCCGAUACGCAAAGGCAAGCAACUCAGUUGGAGGUUUGCCAUUAAUUGAGCUGAACCAUCUCGAACUGCAGUUCCUUCUCCUGAACGAUUUUCGGCUUGCCGUUCCUUUAGAAGAAAUGGAGGCCUAUGGCACGAUGCUGGUUGAGUUUUAUGCACGAGAGGUGGUCGCGCAACAGCAUGCUCAACAAAGC